AUGGGCUGUGGUGCGUCGGCGGCGAACAAGGCGGACGCGGCCAAAGUCAGCCCGGAGCCGCCCGCAGCGGAUGGAAGCGUGGACAAGGCGGACGUGGCCAAAGUCAGCCCGGAGCCGCCCGCAACGGAUGGAAGCGUGGAUAAGGCGGACGCGGCCAAAGUCAACCCGGAGCCUCCCGCAAUGGAUGGAAGCGUGGAGGAGGUGGACGUGCUGCUGAUCGGCGCAGGGUUCACUGGCUGCUGGUUCGCCGACAAGCUGAGGGCCCGGUACAGCGCCGACCAGCUCUCCGUGGCGAUGGUGGAGAUGUCGCACCGCGUGGGCGGGCGGCUGAUGUCGGACGAUAACGACGGGUCCGGAUCCAUCGUGAAGGACGAGCUGGGCGGCAUGCGCCUCUUCCCCUCCAAGAUGCCGCGCAUCGCGGCGCUGGUGGAGCGCUUCGGGCUGGACGUGGUGCCGCUGUCCCUAGCGGACGAGGGCAACCUGUUCCACUUCCAUGGGGCGACUGGGCGCAAGAAGGACGCCAAGAUGCCGACCGGCGGCCGCUGGGCGGGGUGCCCCCCCUCGGAUAUGUCCAAGGCUGCCGUGGCGGCGUAUAAGGCGACCGAGGCGUGGGCGGCGUGCGGGCAGAGCGCGUACGCGUGCCCCGAGCUCCGCGAGCUGAGCGUGCCCGCGUUCCUCGCCAAAUACGCGGAGGCCAGCGAGGAGGAGGUGGCUUGCUACUUCGCUCUCUCGGGCUACAACCUGUACCACGGCGACGUCCAGGCGGCCAUCAUGGUGCACGCCUCGGAGCUGUACGGCAGCGCGCUGAGCGAGCACCACUUCGUGCGCCAGGGGUACAUGGAGGUGGUGAAGCGCCUGCAGAAAGCCAGUGGCGUGGAGCCGCGCAUGGAGACCAAGGUGGCCUCGCUGUCGCGCCGCGAGUCUGACGGGCGGGUGGUGGCCACGCUGGAGGGCAAGCACGCGGGCACGAUCGCGGCCAAAAAGGUGCUCGUCGGGGUCACGGCCGCGCAGUUGGCGCGGAUCCGAGGCUGGGACAAGCUGGUGAGCCGCAACCGCGCGGCCGCGGUGCAGGCCUCCAAGCACAUCCCGCUGUUCAAGUGCUUCCUGGACUUCCCCAAGCCCUGGUGGCAGGCUCACGGCUUCGUUGCCGGGAAGUCGGUCACUGACACGGACGUGCGGCAGAUCCACUACUACGACGACGAGGACCUGCUGCUGUACGUGUCGGACGGCGACAGCGAGGCCACGCGGUACGCGUCGCACCUGGGCGAGGCCUUCAAGGCGGACAAGGAGAAGGCGCUGCGCGACGCGUGGUCCGUGGUGAAGAAGGUGCACGCAGAGGCGGGCGUGCCCGAGGAGGACAUGGUGGAGCCCAGCUACGCGAGAUGCGUGCACGCGUACUGGGAGGCGGGUUCGCACAAGUGGCGCGUGGGCGCGGACGUGCGCCAGUGCGUCGCCAGCGUGGCGGACGGCAGCGCCGACGGCAGUCAGGUCUAUCUGGCGGGUGACGCGUUCUGCGACAUGCAGGGCUGGGUGGAGGGCGCCAUCGACGUGGCCGAGCAGGCGUUCGCCAAGGCGUUCCCGAAGGACGAGAAGGCGCUGGGCGCGUGA